GUGGCAUCACAAGUGAGCUGGAGAGGAUUUCGCGAACGGGAGUAGCGUGCAGCUCGCAACUGGCAGCCAGCUUUUAUUCUGUUGCGCGCUGAAAUUUCCAUUCGCGUAUAAAACCCAUAACGUGGCCUAUCAUUUUUUUGUGAACUCGGAAUCUGUCGCAGAUUGCAAUUAUGUAUUCUUGUUGGGGAGUAAGAUUGUCGGCAAUUCAACGUUUUAACUCAAACGGAGGUAUGCAAAUACAAGUUACAGGAAUGAGGCUAAAAGGAGACAUUACCUGCGCAUUACAUAAUCAUCGCAAGUUGUCUUGCAACCGACAGCUUUAUGAAGAUUUUGAUGAAAACCAUCCGCGGUUGCUUGGCUUUCGUGUAGGGGGUCGAAUCAAGGAGAAUACCCCCCUGAGCUUCAAGAGUUGGGGAUCCAAGCGCUUUAUUCAAACGGCGCAUUUGGGACAGUUGACAGAGGGCACACGGCGGAGUACCCCGUGUGUUUCGCUCGCCACAAGUGCUCAAAGUAGUCAUCAUCGUAACCGCCACAACACAGGGUCUCACCUUUUUUGGGAGACGGCGAGCGACACUCAUACCAGGAGGCUCCAGAGUCCGGGUGUCGUUGGACCAGUCUUGCUGACGUCUGGAGCCGGACGCUUUCGUCUUUUAUUCCCUGCGACUGGUGUGCAGACGAGGGCUUCGUCAACCGCUGCCGCGCAGAAACGCGAAACAGUACCAGAGGACACAGCUGCAGACCUCAAAGCGGACCAGCCCCAGGGCGGGGUCCCAGGGAAGGGCCCCGGAGGGCCCGAGGGGCCCGAGCCGGAGGAGCCGAAGCCGAACAAGACCCAGCAGCUGAAGAAGGUCUUCAAGGAGUACGGGGCCGUGGGGGUCUCCUUCCACGUCGGCAUCUCGCUCCUGUCCCUGGGAAUGUGCUACCUGGCCAUCUCCAGUGGGAUCGACAUGGCUGCCAUCCUCUUUAAGCUGGGCUUCAGUGAAUCGGUGGUGCGGUCCAAGAUGGCCGCCGGGACCAGCACGUUCGUCCUGGCCUACGCCGUGCACAAGCUCUUCGCUCCCGUGAGGAUCAGCAUCACCCUGGUGUCCGUGCCCCUCAUCGUGCGCUACUUCAGGAAGACCGGCCUCUUCAAACCCCCUGCGACCCCGCCCUGAGGAGACACACACACCCCCCCCCCCCAUCCCACCCACAGAACCACCCGUCUGAGUUAGGGGCAGGACAUGUGGGUGCAGGGACCCCCCCCCUCUGGAAGCUGAGCGGCCUGCUAACGUUUCACUCUUUUACAGACUCCUCCCUGCAAUGGACUCAUCUUUCUUGUUUCUCCUUGACGACAGGCUCAUUCUUUGUGGGUUUUCUCUAUCGGUAGAGGCUACGCGGUGCUGUACUUGAAACGUUUUCGCAGUCACUUUGCAUUGUCAGCAGAAUUGUUGCGAUUGAACUCACUACGACAGGAACUGCGCUGUUAUCGGCAAUAUUACUGCGGUAGCGACAUCUGUAAACCAACGUACAUAGACAAGGACAGGAUGGCUUCCGGUCUGCGUUAUAAAAAAUGACUACCUACGUUCGUGUUAUCAAUCAUUGGAAGUGAGGAAAGUGACAAAGUGACUUUUUUUUCAGCAAUAAUGAAUUCAUGCUCUUAAGAUGCUGAGGUGUUUUGUCUUUGGUAACUGCUUGACAAGCCGGUCAUGUGACUUGGCUCUUACAGGAGCUCUGUAGAGUCUGGAAGGAGACUUAAAACUGACUUUGUGGUUAACCGUUUUUUGUUAACCGUCUUUUUAUCUCACUGGGCUAUGGACCAGAAUAAAUAUUCAGGUUGUAUUUGUGUUCUGUUCUGUGACAAACUUUCAGUUCCAAACUUUCAUAGUUUAAUUUUUCCAUUUACAUCCCUAUUUAACAUGCUUGUAGUCCAGCGAUCUGAAACUACAGUCUUAGAAGGCCAUAGCAGCCACAGGUUUAACUCCAGCCCUGGAGGGGGCGCUGUGUCCGCAGGUUUAACUCCAGCCCUGGAGGGCCGCAGCGUCUGCAGGUUUAACUCCAGCCCUGGAGGGCCGCAGCGUCUGCAGGUUUAACUCCAGUCCUGGAGGGCCGCAGCGUCUGCAGGUUUAACUCCAGUCCUGGAGGGCCGCAGCGUCUGCAGGUUUAACUCCAGCCCUGGAGGGCCGCAGCGUCUGCAGGUUUAACUCCAGUCCUGGAGGGCCGCAGUGUCUGCUGGUUUGACUCCAGUCCUGGAAGGCCGCAGUGUCUGCAGGUUUAACUCCAGUCCUGGAGGGCCGCAGUGUCUGCAGGUUUCAGUCCAGUCAUGGAGUUAAUUGGUUUUGGUGUCUUUUGGCUCAAACGUUAUUGAUUGGCUAAAGGAGUCCACACACCUUGUUUCAAGGCCUUAAAUGCUUGCUGAGUGAAAGGAAAUCAUAAAAUCUACACCCUGAAACCCACCAGGACUAGAGAUUUAGACCUCUCUCAUAAGUAGUGGUGAAAAUACACCAUACUUUGCUGUGGAUAAAAUGUUAAAUUAAAUUUUGUUUCAAGCUUAUGAAGCUCUUAAAGGUAUAACGAUGUUCACUCAUGAAAAGAGUAAGCAGUCCAAUGAUUGUUUUAUCUGUGUUGAUGACGACCAAGAUGAAAAUGAAUAAAAUGAUUCAUGUUGUAA